UGCCGCCGCCGCCAUCGCGGUUGCCGCAGCGAGUCCGAUUGCUACGCUGUCGGCACACUCGCGCCAAAAGGGCAAGAGCAGCAGCACGAACACUGUUGCGCGCUUGUCGCCUUCGAUUGUGAACUCGUGGAUCGUGGAACUGGACAGGUGGACGACCAACCUCAUGCUGGACCAGGUCAUGACGGGGUCGCUGUGUUUUUUGGCCCUCGCCAUCUACAUGUACAUAAAGUUCAUUCGGCGAGAUCGAUCGGCUGCAUUUGAGCAAGUCCGACCCCAUGCAAAGGAAGCACAGAGCCCUCCAUCCCGGGAAUCGGCGUCGACAGCCGAUCCGUUCAACGUCAUGCAUCCGCACAACAACAGCCCGCCACCGAGGAAACCGUUGAAAGGUGGGCAUCAUGUGUACCAGCAUCCUAUGCGAAGGAGAACGCACUCUUCCAUGACGAACGUCGACGUCAUGGGAAUGGCAACGUUGGCGCCACUGCAAUCUCCCACCGAGAUCAUGUCGCUUGCUGCGGUCGAAUCUCCCGGUCCCAUUCCCGAAGACACGGUGUUCUUCGCCAAGUCUCCCACGCUCCUUCACAAAGGCAUCCCGCCCACGCAAGCGGAAAAGCCAGCGAGUCCCAUCAAGAAGCGACCGCUUCCCAAGCCUUCGUCCAUGCAUCUUUCAUCCCCCGACAUCAACUUAUUUGCCGAAAUACCCUCCGACAAAGAUUCGCUGCGCCAUUUGGAGAGCCAACGAUCUCCGGACGGUCUGGCGCUAGACGUCAUCCUCAACAUGCCGUCAUCCUCAGGAGGCGGUCACCCUCCGUCGACAGUUGCGAUGCCGGUGCCGCCCCCACCACCCCUUCCUCCCAUGGUUCCACCUCCUCCUCGCGCAAAGCUGCUCCUGGACGACCGCAACCAACCAGCGCAAAUGCAGUUGGACGUUGCUCGAAAAGCGCACAUUCCGCUAUUUCUCCACUUGCCACUGCAUCCACCACGCAAGGACGAUGGCGGGGUGCAGUCGCCCAACCAUUCGCCGCAUCCUGUGCAAGUUCCGAUCGACGGCGCAGCCGCCGUGGUCGCGCCCGUCGGCCAUGGAUCGCACGCGAUCAAGCGGCCGAGUCGGUCAAACUCGUUCAACUUUCGCAUUGACUUCCACGAGCUCGCGAUGGGCGAACUGAUCGGGCAAGGGGCGUUCGGCACCGUGCACAAAGCCACUUGGCGGGGCACACUCGUCGCCGUCAAGAUUUUGCAAGUGCAGCACUUGUCGCCGGACGUCCUCGACGAGUUUGAAACGGAGGUGCACAUCAUGAGCGUAUUGCGGCACCCCAAUAUUUGCCUGCUCAUGGGGGCUUGCCUCGAUCCUCCCACGCGGUGUUUGGUUGUCGAGUACCUGCCAAACGGGUCGUUGUGGUGUGUCCUUCGGCAGCCAUCGUCCGUGAACAUUGAUCUGAAGAAGCAGCUGAGGUAUGCCGCGGAAUUCUCCUUCCCCCCGUGGCUGCAUGUGCGCUCCGUACGUAGCUUUGCCAUGGACACGGCGCUGGGCAUGCAUUACCUGCACACAUUUGAUCCGCCGAUAUUGCACCGGGACCUGAAGAGUCCCAACUUGCUCGUGGAUGGCAGCUACCGCCUCAAGAUCUCGGACUUUGGUCUCGCGCGUGUCAAGGCGCACCACCAGACGAUGACGGGCAACUGCGGAACGACGCAGUGGAUGGCGCCAGAGGUGAGGGGCGGCGGGUUGCGUCAAGCGGCAUCGGUGUGUGCUUCAACACGACGGACAUAGGUGCUGGCGGCGGAAAAGUACACGGAAAAGGCCGACGUGUUUUCGUUUGGCGUGGUGUGCUGGGAAACCGUGACGCGUGCGUGCCCGUACGACGGCCUGAGUCAAAUCCAAGCGGCGCUCGGUGUACUCAACCACAACUUGCGACCGACGAUCCCGCCGACGUGUCCGCCGUUCUUGAAGAAGCUCAUGACGGUGUGCUGGGGUCCUGUGCCGGAGAAGCGGCCAACGUUUGCCCAGAUCAUCGACAUGUUGAAUAGCAGUACCAAUAGAAGUAGCACAGCCAUCGGGCACACGUCAUAGUUGAAUGAGAUGUCGAUGAGCCCACACGAAUCCACGUCAUCCGGUUCAAGGAGCCCAGCUCGAUUACCUCGUC